UCGCUAAUGUGUCGUCAUCAUGACGUAUUCCCAGUGGUGAACGCAAAGCAUUUUGGGAAUCCGCGGCACAAACAACAAGUAGGAAAACGCGCCAGACUUGAUUGCUGGGAAGUGUUCAAGAUGCCGUCUACCUGCUGUGUUAUAAACUGUAAUAGUCGUUCUCAUGAUAGAAGUGGAGUAAAGCUUAAGAACGGAAUUUCCUAUUAUCGUUUUCCAGCGUGGAAAAAUAAUAGUACAAGCCAUGUUUCAGAGGUGACAAAAAGGCGACGAAUGGCAUGGAUAGCAGCAGUAAGGAGGCCCAAGAUUACCUUCGAUAACAGUCCGCCACACAUGAUGGUGUGUUCAAAGCAUUUUCACAAAGGUAAGUUACUUAUUCUCUGUAAAUGUUAUGUUGUGGGCAAAUAACCAGCGUUUUUUUUUUUUACUUAACCAGACCAUUAGAUUUGACAUUAGGCCAAUGUUAACUAGCAUGAAAUGGCUAGAAAAUUAGCUUUCCAAUGUGCUAGCGUAAAACGUAACCUUAACCUUAAUCAGUUUUAAAUGUUGUACAUGUAGGUACAUAGCAAUUUAUUUGGUGACUGUUUGCAGGCAAACCUGCUUAUGAAAUGAUUGAGUGUGAUCCUGACUGGGCCCCUUCCCUGUACCUCGGCCAUACUGAGGUCAAAGUUACUAACACAGACCGGUUCAAGCGGCUUAGGAGAAGAGCGACGAGGUCACAACAACCGCAACCCCCCCACACUGGUCCUGAGGCUGAGUUCGAUAAUGCUGCACCUUUAUACCCAGACAACACUACAUCUGCAACUGAGAUGGAAGGUCUCGUGAAUCCACCCCCAUCUCCGGGCACUGUCCACACCGGUCCUGAGACUGAGCUGAAUGAACCAGCACAUUUGUUCCCAGACUACUCUGCACCUGUGGCUGAGAUAGAAGGACAAGAGACUCAGCCCCUACCACCAGCCCCAGACAAUGCAUGCAGAGAGGAAGAUAUGGAGACUGAAACAUCAGGGGAUGCUGGUGCUCCAAUGGGGAAUGCAGAUGAACAGCAAAAGUGCACCAAGUGUGCCCUUAGAACCAAAGAAAUAAUCCGUUUGCAGGAGGAGAAUCGAAAACUGAAGGGAGAGCUCUCCAAAAAGGCCCUGGAUGAGAAUUUUCUCAAAAACAAUGAUUUAAAGGUGAAGUACUACACUGGCCUUCCAUCUUUCAGUCUGUUGAUGGGUGUGCUGAUGCAAAUCAUUCCCAGUCUACCAAAAACAAAAGAAAGAAAACUCUCCCAUUUUCAAAUGCUCCUCCUGACCCUUAUGCGCUUAAGACUUGAUCUGCCUGUCGAACAUGUUGCACACCUCUUCGACAUUAGCCGACAUACCGCAUACAAUCUGUUCUUUGAGACCAUCAAUGUACUGCAUGCACACCUCAGUCCUUUGGUGUACUGGCCAAAGCGACAUUGUAUACAGGCAAGCAUGCCACAUCAGUAUGUAGAAAUGUUUGGGAAUCGUGUUACUGUCAUUAUUGACUGCUUUGAGCUUUUCAUUGAAAGGGCACAACAUUUACGUGCAAAGGCACAGACAUAUUCAAACUACAAAAGCAGGUACACAAUGAAAUAUCUCAUCGGCAUAACACCACAAGGUACUAUCUCUUUCAUUUCCAAAGUGGGGGGGCGUGCCAGUGAUAAGCAGAUCACCGAGAACAGUGGCUUUCUUCAGAAGCUCUCGUCUGGAGACCUUGUGUUAGCGUACCGUGGAUUUGAUAUUAAAGAAAGUGUUGCCCUUGUGGGCGCUACACUGAAAAUACCUGCCUUCACCAGGGGCCACAGCCAACUUAAUGCAAAAGAUGUGGAAGAGACCAGGAAGUUAGCUCAUGUUAGGAUCCACGUGGAGCGAGUGAUAGGGUGUAUGCGCUCUAAGUUCAACAUAUUAAAUGACACAAUACGCCUUGGAUUUGUGGUGCCUUGUGAGGGGGAGGAUAAGACUUUGUUGGAUAAAAUUGUGGUUGUGUGCUGUGCUUUGACCAAUAUGUGUCCAAGUAUUGUUGUGAAGCCGUCAUGUUAGAAUUAUACACCAUGCUCACAUCUAAUGUAAAUAUGUAAAUAUGCACAUGUAAAUAUGUACACAUGUAAAUAUAUAUAUAUACAUAUAUAAAUAUGUUUUGUUUUCCAAAAGAUUUUGUAAUGUCACUAAACAUGUAAUGAUUUUUAGCCAUCUCUGUAAAUAAAAUACACAAAGACUGAA